AUGAAUUCUUCAGGAAAGAAUGCCCCAUCUGUGGUUGAGGAGAGGAGGACAUGGGACAAGAGCGCGAAGCAGCAGGCACGAGCGCGCCCGCCCCGGCCUUCCAGGGGUGUCCGCGCACCCCGGCCGCACCGCGGCGGGACAUCGGGCUCCGCGGCGCUGUGGGCGGCUGUGGCUCGGGCUCCGCCCCGGCGCGUAAGGGGCGCUCGCACUCGGGGCGUCUCAGCUCUUCAGCGGUACGUGGUUACCAGGAAUGAGGCGCCGGAAGGUUCCCCGACAGGACCCCGCUUUCCUAGGUCGGCGGCGGCAACCCCCGGUGGGAAGGAGCGCUGGGACAAGCGGAGUCGCGCCGAGCUACCAUGCUCGCGGGGCCGGAACUCCCGCGCCCGAGCGCCCGCGCGCGACCCUCAACCUGAGCUCCGCCCGCCCGCGGACCAGCUGGGACAUGUGGAGCCGUUGCGUGUGGAGACGCCCGCGCCCCGGAGGCGGCUGGGCCCGCCGGCUGUCAGCCCCCGCGGGCGCCCGUCGCCGGCGCUGCGGAGAGAUUUCUUAACCACCACAGCCAAGGAAGGAUAUGAUAUGAGGCCGGUGGACAUAAUUCCUUUAGAACAAAGGAAGUUGACUUUCGAUACCCAUGCCUUGGUUCAAGACUUGGAAACUCACGGAUUUGACAAAACACAGGCUGAAACAAUUGUAUCAGCUUUAACCACUUUAUCCAAUUUGAGCCUGGAUACUAUCUAUAAGGAAAUGGUCACUCAAGCACAGCAGGAAAUAACAGUACAACAAUUAAUGGCUCAUUUGGACUCCAUCAGGAAAGACAUGGUUAUCCUAGAGAAAAGUGAAUUUGCAAAUCUGAGAGCAGAGAACCAGAAAAUGAAAAUUGAAUUAGAACAAGUUAAGCAACAACUGAUAAAUGAAACCAGUCGAAUCAGAGCAGAUAAUAAACUGGACAUCAACCUAGAAAGGAGCAGAGUAACCGAUAUGUUUACAGAUCAAGAAAAGAAACUUAUGGAAGCAACCACAGAAUUUACCCAUAAAGAUACCAAAACCAAAAGUAUUGUUUCAGAGACCUGUAAUAAAAUUGAUACUGAAAUUGCUUCUUUAAAAACAUUGAUGGAAUCUAACAAACUUGAGACAAUUCGUUAUCUUGCAGCCUCGGUGUUUACCUGCCUGGCAAUAGCAUUGGGGUUUUACAGAGUCUGGAAAUAGCAGUGAAACUAGUGCAUUAAACUCCGCCUGUUGCCGCUAUUGACUUCUUAGAACACUACGCCAAGAAACGUUUACUUUUUCGAAUACUGAAAAGUUGCAGCAGAAUCUUUAUACAAGAUUAUUCAAAGUACCUAUGGGCUACAAAGAAAUGUUGUAGAAUGGGAAGAUGUAUUUUGUCUUUGUUUUGUGUUUGUAUCUUUAUUAUGUUGAAAGCUGCCAGAAAAAACCUGAUUGAGAUCGAAAGGACUUUUGAUUUAUCAUUUUGAUAAGUCUAAAAAGCCAGCUAGAUUCUUCUUGUUUACUUGGACCAUGUAAAUCUUAAAGAAUUUACUUGGUAUCCUUUGCAGAUUUGAAAAGUAUUCUCAAGCCAACAUACUUGUUUUACUGUAUUGAACUUUGCUGAAAACUAUUAUCUUUUCAUAUAAAAUAAAAUGCUAACAUAACAAAGUUUGUUUUAAAAGUUACUU